CUGAAUUAAUCUCAGCUGCGCUCAUGUGCAGGAGGAGGAGGAGGAGGAGGAGGAGGAGAUGAUUCAGAUCACCGCAGGCUGCAGUUGGAGCACUGGAUGGUGGAGCAGUGAGACGCUGUGGACAGCAGCUGAUGGAGCAGAGCUACGGGGAGGUGAACCAGCUCGGCGGGGUGUUCGUGAACGGCCGGCCGCUGCCCAACGCGGUGCGGCUCCGGAUCGUGGAGUUGGCCCAGCUCGGCAUGAGGCCCUGCGACAUCAGCCGCCAGCUGCGGGUCUCCCACGGCUGCGUGUCCAAGAUCCUGGCCCGCUACAACGACACCGGCUCCAUCCUGCCCGGGGCCAUCGGCGGCAGCAAGCCGCGGGUCACCACCCCCGCCGUGGUGAGGAGCAUCCGGGAUUACAAGCAGGGCGACCCGGGCAUGUUCGCCUGGGAGAUCCGGGACCGGCUGCUGUCGGACGGCGUGUGCGACAAGUACAACCUGCCGUCCGUCAGCUCCAUCAGCCGCAUCCUCAGGAAUAAAAUCGGGACUCCUCCACAGGCCCACGAGGGCCACAAAGCGGCUCAGCUCCAGCACGGACACGUCUACCCGUGCGCCCCCCACACCCGGACCAGGACCGGCAGCGGCCCCGCGGGACACGUCGGCCUGCCGCGGAGCUGGCACGACAUCCUGGGCAUCCGGGCCUUCGUGGACCCUGCAGCACUGCCUGAUGGGCACACGGCUAAGAUGGAGGACUGGACCAGCCGGACUAGUCUGAGACCGUGUCCCUCCGGGAUCAGCGGAGGGGAGAAAACCAACAGCGAGUCACCGCAGUCUUCGUCCAGUCUUCCUGGUUAUUUCUCAGCUUGUGCGUAUUCUCCACCCAACCAGUACUGCGUGUACGGAGGCCCGGCAGCCAACUACAUGAGCCCGGGACACCACUGGCAGCCCCAGUCCUCCGGCCUAAGUCCCGGUCUGCCUCAGAGUCCGGCCCGUUCUGGCCCCGCAGCGCCGCCGGUGGCCGCCGAUUUCCACGCCGCAUCUUCUUUUAAACUUCCACAAAGAGACGAGGACAGGAAACCUCAGAGUCCUCUGUACAAACAUCCUCACGCCGCUCACAGGUUGUCCUCAGCUUCGUGACGACGCCGACAGACCACGAGAAGACGACCUGACGCUGGGAGGCCGUCAGGUUUUAUUUCUGAGCAGUGAUGACUUUUUCAGUUCUUCAUUCAGUGAUUUAUUCCAGUUUCCCACGAUGAGCCGCAGAGCGACGUGUCUCGCAGGAAACACACAAAACCAUUUGUGUUUCAGCCAACACGGUUUGAAAGAAAUGAUUCUACAUUUUAGGAAAUACUCUUCUUUUAAGCAAGGAGAUUGAUUCCACGUUUUAUCUGGACCCACAAAACAGCAAACGAGUGUUCUUACACUUCAGUUUUCAUACAGAUUAAACGAUCGAGAUAUAAUGUGAGAAUCGGUGAGCUUUGAACAGACCCGUCCAGCUGUUUCCGCGCUUUGUGCUAAGCUAAGCUAACUGGCUGCUGGCUUUAUAUUGAACAGACAUGAGAGUCAAACUUCUCAUCACCUGUUUGAACUGAUGCUUGAUGCUUCAUAUAUUUCUUUCUCCACUUUUUUUGUCAUGAAAGGGAUGUUUAACUUGAUUUGGAAAUGUAAAAUGUAUUGGUAAAGCUGUAAAUAUAUUUUUUCUACGAUUGUGCUUAAAUAAAGACGUGCAAUGGAAACUGAACGUCAGUGGUUCAACAGGACAAGUUUUCCAGAUGUCGGAGCGGAGCAGAAUAACAGAAAUAUGAUAAUAAAAAUAUAUUUUUAACUUCA